CUUGUCGUGCUGCCCAACAAAACCACAAAUGAGAUUGUUUAGCAUUUCGCGAUGCUCAUCAUUCGGUUACAGGGUGUCCUGUGCCAUCUCUUUCUUCAGUUGCUGACAUCCAACAAAAUCUCUCCACAUUACCAGUACGAAUACAAAGGAAAUAAUCGGCUGGCUCGUAAUCCUCAUGAUCACCGGUAACGCAGCGACGAUGCAUGUAAUGCACAUGCCGCGAGUGACGCAUAUGUCCAGAGAUCCAGCCGAGUUUAAGCAGCGCAACCUCACCAGAUCCGUGGCAAUGCGUCACGGAGAACAUGACACAGAUAUUUUUAUGCUUUCACGCCCACUAGUGGUCUCCGGACUGCCUUUGUGCCUUGCAGAGAAAUGCUACUCGGACCUUGUCUGGCCACAGCCACAGGAAUCGAACGAGCUACUCUGCUCUGUCACCGAGUCGAAGGCUUAUUGCGGUUUCGCUAUCGCUGUAAGAUCUGAUGUUCUCGCUAAUUACUCUUCUUACAGCAGCUUAGCAGGUUCUUUCUGGAGUGCUAAAAGCGAAACAAUCUCGAUCGUUUCCUCUUGGUGCCCACAGUGGUGGACUGGACCUGGUCAGAGCGAACGAGAUUGGAUCAAUCAGAUCAUUGCGCAUGCAAAGUGUUGAUUACGGUGCAGAAUAUCCAGCGGAUACAACGAUGACCAUAGCUUCCUCGGGGACGACUUCAAGAUCAGGCAGUGAUCCAGCUUCAACAGCAAGUAGUACCACGCCAACCUAAAUGGAGUACUGAACCGAGCCACUUAUAGCUUAAGCAGCAAAGCAGGUACCUGAGAACAAUAGUAUCGCAACUCACUGCACAUAUUGCCUCUUCAAGGCCUU